AUGCAAAUUAGCACAGAGUUUCACGAAGACGAUCAAUUCUAUAUUAACAAUUAUUCAAGUUCAAAAUGCGAAAAGCUUGAAAGUCAACUAUCAAAUAUUUCUUCAACAAAAAGAUACAUUAAUCAAGAUAAUAAAGACAAUUUAUUAUUAUCUCAGACUAAUAUGGAAAAUGCAAACAUAAUAGAAAAAAACAUUGGAAAAGAAACAGAAAAUCUUAAGCUAAUGAGUUCAGCUCAUAUAAAAAUUAAUUCACCUAAAAAGUCAAAGAAAUCCAUUAAUACCAAAAAUAAACACUAUCUAGACACAAAAGAAAUUACUUCUGAAAAAAAUUUAAAUAAGAAAGCAACUUUUGAUACAAAACAUUCUCAAUUAUUAUUUGAACCAAAAAAAUCACCAAAUAAAAUAUCUACAAAGUCACCAAAGACUCCAAAUAAGAAUAGUAACAAUGCAUCACCAUUUUCAGAAAAUAUAUGUCAACAAAACAAUACAUGGAACUUCCUCGAUGAUUUCGAUAAUUCUCCUUUGAGAACGCCAAAAAGUCAAAGAAUUAUAGAUUCAUUAGAGCACGACAAAUUAAAAUCGCCAUCACAAAUAGGAACACCUAAAUCAAAAGAAAUAUCAAUCAAAAUGUUUAGCCCAAUAUUAACAAAUGAAGAUUAUAAGCUUCCAAAAACACCUCAAAACUUAUAUAUAUAUAAUAAUUUAGUAGAUACUUUUUCUGAUAUUCAAAAUACAUAUGCGAAACAAAGAAGCUUUAUUGCUGAACCAGCAAAUAAUACAAAAAAGGAUAUUUUUUCAUCAUAUAAUGCUGAUCCAAAAAAUUAUUUAAAUGAUGAGUUAAAUGUAGAAGACACAGAAUCUUAUUCUUUAAAUAUAAAAAGUGUUCAUGAGCUUCGAGAAUCAGGAAUCAACAAAAAAUCAUUAGAUGAAAUUCAGUAUUUAAUGGAUGGAUUAAAUAAAUACAAUUCAUUAAAACUUAGACAAUCAUGUUACAUAGAACUAGCUAAAAAAAUUAAUGAAACAGAAUUUUCAAGAAAUUUUAGAUCCGGAAAUUUUAUUCAUCAACUACUUGAAAUUUCAAAAAAAGACACGGAUAUGAUUAUAUUAUAUUGUACAUUAUUUAUAUUAUAUCUUCUUCUUCAAGAUAAAAAGUCAGCAUAUGCUCUAGUAUCAGAUGAUACUACGUUCGAAAUCAUUUUUUUAGGACUUUCAUAUGAUGAGAACAUUCAGUUAUAUAAUUCAAAAAACCAUAAAUCAGACAAUUCUAUGCAAGAUUCUCUUAUUGAUUUAAUAAAAACAGUAAAAUUUAGUACAGUGCAUCCCGAAUACACUAAUAAGUCAUCAUGUUGCAUACUUUCCAUAAAUGCAAUUAAAAGUAUUGCAUUUUUACCAACAUGGGAAACAUUAAAUUAUCUGGAAAAAAUGGAAUCAUUUGGUUUUAUUUCAUGUCUAUAUGACAUUAUUGAUAAAAUAUCUAAUAAUAACAAUAGCGAAGAAUUUUAUCUUAUAGAAACUAUUAUAGGAUCAAUUGAACAAUGUGCACUUAUUAUGUGUUCUAAUACACAUAUAAAACGAAUAUCAUCUAUUACUACAUUACUUACAAGUAGCUUAUUUCAUAAUUUUAAAAAGAAAUAUAAAUACGAUAUCUUUCAAUCAUGUCUUAGACUAUUAAUUAAUCUUACUAAUAAUAGUUCAUCUAUUUGUGACGAAGUUACUCAACCAAAAUUUAUACAAACUUUAACCAAUGUAAUAAUAUCAAAAAAAGAUUCUUUAGAUCUAGACCAAUCUUCAGAUAAUACUUUAUUAACUCUUGGUCUAUUAAUAAAUAUAAUAGAGAAAGGAUCAAAAAUGAACUAUAUUUCAGAGCAAUAUGAUACAGAAAACACACUUAUAAGUUUACUUACUAUUGACGAACUAGUAGAUACAUUUACUAAAUGGAGAAAAUAUUCAUAUAAUACAGAAACUAAUGUCGCAGCUGGAUAUUUGGCAAUACUUUUAGCCCAUUUAUCUUUAAAAAAUAUUCUUACACGAAUUCGCACAGUUUAA